GAUCGCUAGUGGCAGUGCCGUUGUUAAGUGGUCGUCUAGGUGUGUCAGACAACCUGCUGGCUGUGGUGGGCGCCAUGUCCGGCGUCAUCGAGUAUGUCUUCUACGGCUGCAUUUCUGACUCUCGACCAUAUUUUAUCUGGAUAGCUCCAGUUGCGGCUCUGCUGCUUAACUCCUGCACCAUCGCUCAGCGAGCCAUGAUGACCAAGUUUGUCUCCAAAGAUGAAAUAGGUAAAGUAUCUGCGGUGUUAGGUGCCCUUGACGGCAUGAUGCCCAUGGUAACUUCUGCCCUCUACACCGCCGUCUAUCACGCCUCCGUCAGCACCUUCCCUGUAGCACAUUUCUUACUGGGUGCUUCUGCCAGCGCUCUCAUGAUCGUCUUUUUCUGUAUCAUCAUAUUCGCGGAUAAGUCAGGUCAAUAUGACGUGGAGAACGCUAAGCCUAGCAUCGGUCCUCAGACUGUCGUGGGCAGCAUCCAGAAAUAUGUGUUAGAUAACUCAAGUGCUGCUGAAAUGUCAUAUCCUACAU